UAUUGCAGAGGGUGAGGUAGCAAGACCAGGAGGGAUGCCCGUUGACAGGAUGAGGAUGAGGCCCUGGUUGGAGCUGAAACUCAACUCGGGAUCCGAUCCCUGCCUCUCGUGGGUGGACAAAGAGAAGGGAAUCUUCAUGGUGUCUUGGAGGCACGCAUCACGGAGUGGUUGGAACGAGAGCACGGACGCCUCCAUCUUCAGGGAAUGGGCGAUUCACACCGGCAAGUUCCGCGCGGACCACGUCGACCCGAAGACGUGGAAGGCGAACUUCCGCUGUGCUCUGCACUCACUCUGCGACGUCCGCGAGCGUCGCGACCUGGCACGCGCAGGGGCGGCCAGGCCGCUCGGGUCUACGUCAUGCUCGCACCACGCACACCCAAGAAGACGAGUAAACUGAAGUACCGGAAUAAAAGGCGAGAGAUGCCACAGGAGGAAGAUGUGGAAUCAACUCAGCAAGAAAUCUCUCGCCACUCUCCUCGCCCGCACACUCCUCACCACUCCUCUAGCCUGCACACUCAACUAUCGCCUCACCACUCCACCCACCCACACAUUGCUAAACUCUCUCCUCACCACUCUCCUCGCCCAUGCAAUUCUCACCACUCAUCUCACCGGCACACUCAACUCUCUCCUCAGCACUCCACUCGCUC